AUGGACAAAUCACAUCCAGUCAAUUCCCCUAUGAUCGUUCGAUCUUUGAAUAUGAAAGAUGAUCCAUUCAGACCUCAAGAUGAAAAUGAAGAAAUUCUUGGUCCUGAAGUACCAUAUUUAAGUGCAAUUGGCGCUUUAAUGUAUUUAGCUAACAAUACUAGACCCGACAUUGCUUGUUCUGUGAACUUGUUAGCCAGAAAAGAUGCUACUCUCAUUGGAUAUGCAGAUGCUGGAUACUUUUCUGAUCCACAAAAGGCCAAGUCACAAACUGGAUAUUUGUUCACCUAUGGAGGUAUUGCAAUAUCUUGGAAAUCAACGAAACAAACAUUGACCGCUACAUCAUCAAACCAUGCGAAAUUGAUUGCUCUUUAUGAAGCUGGACGAGAAUGUGUAUGGCUCAGGUCAAUGAUCAGUAAUAUCCAAGAAGGAUGUGGGAUGAACUCAAUAACAGAAAAUCCUACCAUCAUCCACGAAGACAAUACUGCAUGCAUCGCACAAGUAACUGAAUGA